GGCGGGAGCCCGCGCCGCGGUGCACGCCGGGAGCCGCCGUGAGGGCUUUAAAGGAGAGGACCCGCCGCCAUCUUCCUCUCGCCGCCGCGCAGCCAUGGGGCACCAGCAGCUCUACUGGAGCCACCCCAGGAAGUUCGGGCAGGGCUCCCGCUCCUGCCGCGUGUGCUCGAACCGCCACGGCCUCAUCCGCAAGUACGGGCUGAACAUGUGCCGGCAGUGCUUCCGCCAGUACGCCAAGGAUAUCGGGUUCAUCAAGCUCGACUGAGCGCCCGGAGGAUGAGGAGACAGCCAGGAGCUGCCGGGGCGUCCCUGGGCCUCCCUGGCACAUCCGCAGCGUCCCGGCUCAACCUCACUCAAUAAAUGCUCUCCCAACCCAA